UUUUUGUUAUAUGGGAACGAGAUGAUGUUUUCUUGUAUGGUCUUAAUCAAUAUUCGUGAUUUAAUUUUUAGAUUGAGUUAGAUGCAAGUUUUAUAAUCUUAAUAUUUUAUCAGAGUUAGAUCCAUCUCUAUUGUUGUGUUUUUCCAUGUUGGACCUCCAUGUUAUUUUUUCCACGCUAUAUAUGUCUAGUCUUGGGUUUAAUUGAUGUCCGUAUUGGUUGAGGAAAAGUAUGAGUGUCUCCUUUCUUAGACAAUUUCAUGAUAUAGUUUUUGAGGAUAGUUACUAGUUAAGCCUAAGGUCCAUUAUCUUAACACAAUAUUAGAGUCAUCAUUUCUAUUGUUGUGUUUUCCGAUAUUCGACCUUCAUAUUAUUUUGUUCACACUCCAGAUCUCCAAUCUUGUCGUGUUAAUCUUAGAGUGUUAAUCUAUGUCCAGCAUUGAUCGAGGAAAUGUGUUAUUCUUUCCUUAUAUGAGUUUAGUCAAAUUUCAUGAUUUAAUUGUUGGAGUUGAGUCAGGCCUUAACAUGGUCUCAGAGUCACCAUGUUGGAUCUCCAUGUUAUUUUGUUCACGCUCUAAAUGCCUAGUCGUGUCGUGCUAGGUCGUUAGUUGAUGUCUUACAUUAGUUGAGGAUGUGUUACUGUUUCAUUAUAUAGUCUUAGUCAAGUUUCAUGUUUUAGCAUUUUCCUGCAUUAGGCCUCCAUAGUAUUUUGUUUGCUCAAGAUGCUCAGUCUUGUCAUGCUUGGUUGUUAAUUGAUGCCCCACAAUGGUUGAGGAAAUGUGUUAUUGUCUCCUUAUACGGGUUUACUCAAUGUUCAUGAUUUAAUAUACAAUUUCUUCAUACUGUAGCAAAGUCACCAUAUAUCUCUAUUGCUGUGUUUUUCGAUGUUGGGUCUUCAUGUUAUAUUGUCCACACUCCAGAUGCCUUUUGACAUGCUAGGAGGUAAUUGUUGAGAAAAUGUGUUCUUGUCUCCUUAUGAUCUUCAACUAUCCGACUUUCCUUUCCUCAUGACCUACUUUUGCGGCUGAAGUAAACCCAAGAUCAAGAGGAUUAUAACUUCUCAUGAUACACAGAAACAUUAGGUAAUGAAAGACAGGUCGUUGGAAAUCAAACGGUGGCAUAAGCAAGUUGUUUGCAAGAAGCCCAAGAAACGUGGAAGGGGUAAAAAGAAAAUGGCAAUGAUGCACGAUCUUUAUGAUCAAAUUGAUUUGGCAACAUCUACCAAAUACCGAGCAGAGGAGGUCCUAUCAAGAUUGAGCACUAAACAUCCAAGCUUUAUGAAGCCAAUGAUCAGAUCAAAUGUUAGUGGAGGUUUCUGGCUUUCUCUUCCAAGGUUAUUCUGCCAGUUGCAUAUGCCACGGCAUGAUAUAGCCGUUACUUUGGUAGAUGAAAGCCAGGAUGAGUACAAAACAAAAUAUCUUGCUGAGAGGAAUGGACUCAGUGGCGGAUGGCGGGGUUUUUCUCUUGCCCAUGACUUGGUGGAGGGGGAUGUUUUAGUUUUUCAGUUGUUCAGAUUCUGCGAAUUGAAGGUGUAUAUAGUCAGAGCUAAUUAUUUGGCUGAAGUUGAUGCUGCACUUGUUCUUCUCCGUUUAUAUGCUCACCAAAAACAAGUUGAUCCCGUGCACCAAAGGCAGGAUAAUAGAAGUACGAAACAAGUUGGGAUCAAGCGUCAAAGACUUUCAUCACAUGGGGGGGAUGAUUAUUCUGCGGAAAACAUGUUACACAAACAUAAUAUGUUCGAGGAGCUUGAUCUACCUUCAAAAGGACUGGCCUAUGAAACUCUUAGCAUUGUCGAUGCUGUAAAAGCGGGCAAACUCAAUGACGCUCCAAGUGGUUUCUCAUCCUGGAAGAUGAGGCCAACCGAAAUUGAGCAGUUAGAGAUCAGACCCUUUUCGGGUGGGUACUCCAUUUAACCCCAUCAGUGCCAGAUAUGGUAUUUAGGCCGUUAAUGCGGCUGCACCUUUUGUCAUCUUACUCUGAACCAUGGAGUUUUAAGUCAUAUAUGACACUUGUAAAAUCUUUUUACACUAGUGUAAUUUUAGCUGUAGCAAGUCAUUGUUUUAUAUCCAAAUUACAAUAUUAGGCUUGAUAUGAAGUGUGUAAAUCAACUUAACCUGAUAGUGUAAAAUUUUAUCCGCCCAUAUGCAUACACUUCCAUUCCCCAAAAGGAAAUUUG